AUGAGAGACAGCGGCGACGUUCAAAGUUUCGUCUUGUACUUUCGAAUGACGCCAGACGUUUUCGACUACCUUCACGAUCUGGUUAAGGACGACCUCACGAAGCAGCAUGUCGUUCGGGAGCCACUGUCUUCCCACGAAAGGCUGGCCCUCACAUUACGAUAUCUGUCCUCUGGAAUGGCGUUUAAAGAUGUCGCCAUGGCAUACAGAGUUGGAAUCGAGACAGCACGCGAAGCCGUGCAUCUCACCUGCACGGCACUAUGGAACAGGUUGAAGGACCUAUACAUGAUGCCCCCAAGUGAAUCAGAGUGGCAAGAUAUUGCACAGGGCUUUGGGGAAAGACGGAACUUUCGAAAUUGCCUUUGUGCUGUCGAUGUUAAACAUGUUCGAAUUGUUGCACCAAACAAGUCUGGAAGUACAUAUUUCAUCUACAAGUGCUAG